CCGAGGCCAGAGGCGCAUCUCUCUCUCUCUUUCCAGCUCGGGCGCGUCUCCUCCGGUAGCCAAGGAGGAGAAGUCUCCGCGGUGCUCCCGCUCCAGACAUGAGCCCCCAACGCGGGGAGAAACGGGCGAGAGGUCGGCGGCGAGGCCAUCCGUUGGCGCCCCCGCGGCUUUUGCUCCUCAACUUCUUCACCUGACGCCCCGCGGAAGAGCUCCUUCCCUGAGCAAACUGGAGAGAUCCCCUUCGAGGAUCGAGUUCGGACUGGAUCGCUUGCGCUGCCAGGACGCGCAGCCGAGGAUACGGCGCCCGGACUCCUUCGCCUCUUUUCUUCCCGCUCCGCCUGUUACUCCUCUCGUCCCGCAGUUGCCCAGCGCGCUUUUGAAGCAAUAGAGAAAUGUGUAAGAACUGAAGUUUGUUUUGGGCCGGAAUAGGACAUGAAGAAUAAAAGGAGUUGGGAGAUCACCAAAUCAGGAUGAAACAGAGGCUGAACAUUUUCCCAAACCUACUUCUAGUUGUGCUCUGUGACUAUGUUCUCGGAGCAAUCAAACUUCUCUUGGACCAACAGACUCAUAUAGCUUUAAGCAAUGUUACAGUAUCUGUUAGUUUUCAGAAUUAUUAUGAUGCUAACGACACACUGAAAAACACUUCUGUUCUACUCAUGGAGGCUAGCAGCAACCAAAUUGUUGCAAAAAAACAGCUUCCAGAAGACCAGCGCCAAGGUGUGGUUGGUUUUGAGUGUUCCUAUUUUAAGAAUGCUGGGAAUUACUGGUUGAAGCUGGCUUCUGAAAACAUCGGAGGACUUCAUUCCCAACAGAAUGAAGGAAGUCUUCUACUCAACGUGGAAUGGCCUAUAUUUGACUUUGAUUUGAGGAGGAUGUCAGGUGGCCAUGGGAAUUCUCUUCAGCUCGGGCUGUUUACUAAUGAAUAUUUAUGUCCCAUCAAUAAAACAGUGAUUUCUCUGGAUGUAAUUCUAACCAGUAACCUAUACGAACUAGGGACAUUGAUCUCAAAUGAGACACUGGGCCUGAGAACAAGGAAACACCUUUCUCUCUUUGAGUCGCAGUGGGUGAAAUUGGACUGCCAUGUGAUUAGCCCAGAAGCAUACAUCACUACAUUACUGAAAUCAGCAGAGAAGGGCUCAAUCAUUGCUUCAUUGGGACCUAUAGAUCUUGUGCGCAAAUUUGGAUACAAGCUAGCCAUAUCAGAAGAAGUGCGAUGUGAGUCAUCGGUUGUGGCUUCUGUUAUUUCUCCUCCAUGCACAUCUUCUGCUGGACGCAUUGCUGUGUUUAAGUAUAACCCUUUGGGUCAAGUGGUGUCAAAGCUAUAUGAAAGCAUCCUGAAUCCAGAGGACCAUCAGAUAGAACUCAGUUGCACAUUGUUUGACAGUGGCACAAAUAAAUACUGUUUUGAAUUUAGCUCUUCCAACCAAGUGAAUUCGGUACCAUGGGCAAAAGAAUGUGUACUAAUCCAAAGGAAUGUUGGAGGAUCCUGGAGCACUUGGCAAGCCUGGAGUUCGUGUAGUGCCACUUGUGGAGGUGGCAUUCGUGAGCGUUUUCGGGAAUGUCUCAUGCCUUUCCCAGUCCACAUGAUACAAGGUUGCCCAGGAAGGCAACAAGAAACUUCUCCGUGUUCUUUGGAGGAAUGUCCCAUCACUACAACUGGCCUCCUCACACCAAUGUCUCCUGAAAUGGAAGGAGAAAGAGCUGCCAAUAAUCUAAUAACUAUCACUGGGAUAUCAUUAUGCUUAUCAAUUAUCUUUGCAACCAUCCUUAUCACCUUAUGGCGAAAGCUUUGCAGAACCCCAAAGUGCAGCAGUCCAGUUAACUGUGACUCCCCUCAAUCAUCUGGCUUCCGAAAGAAUUCUGAUGAAGACGAUAUCUGUCCAGACAGAUGUCAAUUAGAAAGCUUUUCUGAAGGAGAAACUUCUUGUUUUUCCCCAGGAGAAGCUUCUGACAUAGCCUUGAAUUUCAGGAGAAGUCUUCAUUCGGUCCCCGAAAAUGGAGGAGGAUUAAUUCAUGAGAAUUUGCAGUCCAGCGCUCAAAAAAUCAUCCCUCCCAUUUACAGCUAUCGCCUUGCCCAGAAGCAGUUGAAAGAAAUGAAGAAAAAGGGACUUACGGAAACAACUAAACUUUAUCACGUGGCUCAGAACUCUCUCAUGGACACAGUGAAAACAGAAAACCAGGAGGUAGCUGGGACAAGUAAGUUUAGAAUCAAAUCUCCAUUUCCAGAACAGCCACCCGAUUACCUAAAGUUGUCAGGGGACAGGCCCUGUUCUAGAAUGGAUAGUGCAUUUUUGCAGCCCGAUUCCGUGUGGAGCCCCCAUCAUUCCUCAAUGAGGAGAAGCCAUCCCAGAUAUUUUGAUCACAAAGGAGAGCCAACAGAAAGAGGAUACCCAAAAAGUUCACAGUUCAGAAGAACAGCAAGUUUUCAUGAAGCUAGAAAAACAAAGCCAUUUCGGAAAAGAAGCAUGUCCACCCUUACGCCAAGUCAGCCUUCGUUCAACCACUGCAGAGCCAAAGUGUGGGAUCAUGGUAUGGAAAAACAACAUUGUGUUACAUCUAAAAAUAUAGCACAGAACACUACGGAACUUGAACUGUAUCACAGCAUUCCGUUGACCACAGAGUCAUUGAGCUGGGGGGGACAUAUUGCUUACAAACAGAAGCUUCCCGAGAAGAAACCAGAUCUGGUUCACAAUCGUCCACUGGGAUCUUUUGUAUCUUGCAUUGAUAACUCAGAGUAUAAGAGAACAAGAAAUGGACGUUUUUUAAACCCUGCUAGUACUUGGAGAAAAGAAUCUACUUUCCUAACUCUCAAGGAUGAUCACCAGAAAGCAGAGACCCUGAGUCCCUCGCAGUAUAGAAAGAGCAAAUGCCAAAGCUUUCCAUCUGAUACUGGAUGCCACUUCUAUGACAACACUUCCUUUGCUCUGGUUGACUCAGAACAACAAAUGUAUGACCUGCCUGGAUAUUUUGAGUUAAACGAAGGUGAAAUAAGUACUUUGACUGCUGAAAAUUUGGUGAUCUGAAUUUCUUGUGGGGGGAAAAAGGGAAGCUGCACCAUUAGCAACUGCAAGAGCUCUUAAACUUUCAAAUUGUACUUUAACAGAAAACUCCUUAAGAUGGGAAGGAGACCUCAUUAUCAUUCCAUUGAAGCAGGCCAAAACUGGGAAAAGUAAAUGAUACCCUAACACAAAAAUAAUGACUAAAUAUGUACUUGUGCAGAGUCUCUCUCUAAACUGUCUCAGAAAUAGACCCUUUAAGGCCAAGGUUAGCCUGUAUGCUUACAUACACAGUUUACAGUAUUGGACAAUGGUAUUGGAGCAUAUAAUACAUUUUAAAUUGGUUACCCUUACUAUCCUCAGAAUUCCUCAUCAAUGGCUGCUAAGUGACUGUGAAAAUGUCUAUGACAUUCUACACCGUGGCAUUCGGUGGCCUAUAAAAUCAGACUUGGAGGUCUGCAUGUGGUAUUAGUUAAGAAGUUAGUGUGGUUAGAGGCACAGCAGGAAUAUAGCCGGUCUAUUCAUUUCUAUUGGACAAGCACUGGAUGCUUCUUUAACCACUGUUUGCAUCACAGCAACUCCAAUUACAAACUUGCGAAGCCUGUUAGAUAUACUCAGUCGCAAAGCAAUAUUCUGCUUCAGAAGAAUCCACCUUAAAAAAGAUUAUUCCCCCCUCAAGGAAACGUAUCCUUUGCAAACUUCAAUAAAUUUCAAUUGAAGAAACUGUUUAAAAUUAAGCAGUUUGGGCUUGGUUUCUCUCACUGGCAUAUCGUUAUAGAAAGUGUUUGUUUCAGAAAAUGUAAGUGAAAAAAUGUAAUGUGAAACAAGAAAUGUUAUUAGUGUUUUGUAAUGGACAAAUUCUAGACAUUGAUAAACAAUAAACUAAUGUUUAUUUUUA